UCGUACUAUCAGUCAUCUCAUCUAGCAGGCUGUUGCGGCUAAAGCUGUGUGAAAUUAAAGCGGCAUAUGCAGUAGUCUCGGAUAUAAAUGAGAUGGUAAUAACACGAAUUGCGACAGCGAAGACCUGACUGCUUAUAGUAGCACAUCCGCACCGCACCGGUUGUAGUGACGUCAACACGAUCAAAUCCUGGACGAAGUCUAACGUGACAAAAAUUACAGACUUUUAUUUCAUGAACAAACAUUUGAUGACACUGGCCAGACUGCCGCUGGCCUAGAACAAUUAGACAAAACGACGGCUACACGAUGGCACGUCUUCUUGAAUGUGCAGAUGCUAACAGUGAUCCUCUGCAUGUAUGUGUGUGUGUGGGAGCUCUUCGAGAGAGACUUGCAAAAAUGUUGACAGCUGUGAGUGACACGGAAAAAGAAAACCCUCCACUCUGGGGGAUGGGUGUGGUGGCAACAGCUAUUGCAGUCAAUUUUUUUGGAUCACUGGCACAGAAGGAACUGAAGGUGAUGAUCAUAGAUGACUACCCUGAUUCCAGCCAGACACUUCUGACCUUUGGUCUGGCACUACUGCAGAUACUGUCAGCUGUACUUGUUUUCCAAUCAAGUAGUAUCAGCUUUUCAGGCUCACCAACCAACAGGGAGGCAGCCAUCCUGGCAACGUUUGCUCAUGCUGGUUGGCUGUACCUGACUUCAUACCGACUAUGGGGACAGGACACGGGUGCUUCUGUGUCUUAUGGAGCCUUGGAGCCUAUCUUCUGCAUUCUACUUUUGUGUAUUGCAGCUGGGAUUCCAACAGAACUUUCCAAGGUAGGUGCCGUUGCCGCAAUCUGCCUUGGAACAGGAAUGAUGACUGCGACUUCUCAAUUUUGAUUGACAAGACAGCUUUAAUUAGGAUCAUAGCAGCUUUGUUCUGCCUUUCACGGAACAUGAUCAUCAAACACCUGUACGACAGCAACGUGAAAAUAUCCCUUCGCGGCCAGAACACCUUGCUUUCAGUUUUAGCCAGUGGAACUGUUACUGCUGUGCUCUUUGGGCUGGCUGUCUCAAGUACUAUGGUGGUACCAGCUAUGAUCAUAGUGGUGUCAUGUCUGUUGUCAGUGGUGUCGUUACACCUGACCUUCAUGCUGCUGUCUUUGUAUGAUAACACCACUGCAGUCGUCUUUAUGCUAUGGGCCCAGGUGGUGGACACAGUGGUGUUUGUCAGCUCUGUAUCACGACCAGACAUUUUGCUAAUCCCUGUGGGUGCAGUACUGUUCGCUUUAGGCCAUUACUAUUAUUUCAAGGAUGGUGUGGAGUCAGGUACCAUUCAUCUCAACAUGAAAAGAGUAGGUGUCAACGAAAUGAUAACACGUCUUCAGUUUGUCCUGUAUGCCUGCAGUAUUAUUGCUCUGCUAGCCAUCGUUUUCCAGCCCAAACUUAGUGAGCGUGACAUAAACAUUCUCAGUUAUGUUGGCCUGGACAGGAUUGCUCGCAAACUGCUCUCUUUGAGUGCAGACCACCAAUGAAGUAUGGAGGUUUCCAGGUCUGGGGAUCCAGAAGUCUCAGUGAUAAAGCUUCUGUUGGUUUGGAGUACUGCUUUAGUUGUGGCAUCUGCAUUAAGAGAUCUGAUAUGUCAUGUAAUCUAAAUUUUGAAUCAGGGGAUGUAAUUGUGUAAUCUACACAGAUAUAAUUGAGUGCUUCAAGAGUGGUUGUUUUGACCUAAUACAUACAUUUUUCAAGUCUUAAGGCUUAAUCUUAUUGGUACGAUUGGAUUACCAUUGCAUGCAGAAAGUGUCUGGUGUUGUACAACUCUCCACCCUGACAUGAUUGAGCAUUAGACUCGUACAUUUUCCCGUAUAUAGAUCUCCAUAGACAAAGAAUUAUUUUGGUAAUAUGUUGAUACAAAUCAUUGAACUAUUCUAAUGAAAACCCAUGCACAUUUAAAUGUAGAAAAUCUGUCAAGAUCUCGUUUGCAUUACUUAUUUUGAGUAUAUGCAUGCAAAUGUUUUACUAUUUUGAGGGAUUUCUUGGUGAAAGAGUGGAUAUAUUAAGGUAUUUAUAAAUCAAGAUAUUCUUGUCAGGAUAUUCUGUGAAACUGCUGCUAUAAACUUUGUCUGUCAAAAGAUAACAUUAUUAUAACCAAGAGUGUUAUUUUUAAUUAAUAGUAACUAAUAGCCUUAUUAGUUUCAUGUCACAAAAACAGGACUGUUCUCAUAUGGUCAUUUUUAGUUUUUAUUUGAAUAGUUUUCACCAUAUCAGUAGGGUUAACAUAAUGGUAUUGGAAAGGUGGUAUGUGGUUGUUUAUACCUCGGUGUAGCACAGCUGUUCACGUGUGGUUAUUGGGUGAAUAGAACUGUAAAUAAUUUUGCUAACAAGAAGCACACUGCUACUGCACUAGGUAAAAGUAGUUGAGAGAAAAGGGUCUGUUUUGUAAUUGCUCAUUGCAGAGAUUGUUGCCAUUUAUUUGCUUUGUAAGACCAUGAUGGAGAGAUGUCAGCAUUUUGUACAAGUCGCUGUUAGUCUCAAAUAACAGAAAAGAAAAAUACUGUGAUAUUUAUCAGUCCUUAUACAGUUUUUGUGCAUUUAUAAAUGUUCUAUUAUAUUUUAUACAAAAGAGCAGUUUGAAAUGGCUGGUGUCAUUAUUAAUCAUGCCUCGUGUAUUUAUAUUACCUCAUGCCUCAUAAUGUUAUUUAAUGGCUAAAUUAUCCAUUUAUUUUACGAAAGAUUGGCUAGUUUUACACAAGAAGUUUAACCCUUCAACCAUGAGAUUGCCGUUUAUUGCAGACGCUGUCCAUGCACAUUCCUCUCCUAAUCUGCCAAGCUAUGUUCUGCAGCACUAGAGCUUCAUGGCCCUCGAUCAUUGUAGUAUGUCUUAACAAGCAGUGGAAAGCUUUACUAUGAUUUCCUGAAAUAUUUGAUAGUACAGUAUACAUUUAGAUUUAUAAUUUUUGUGGGUUUUUUUUAAAGGCAUUUAAAAAAAUAUUUAGCCAUCUGGUGGGCACUACAGUCUCUAUCUUACUGGUCGAGACACUGUAUUUUACAUUCAUUCCUUCAUUUCUUGACUGGUACAAGUUAUGUUUGUCCACUUGUACUGGUCUUUGGGACAUGGCACCUGACAAGCCUGCCAACUCAAGCUUAUCUUGAGCAGGGGCAAGCAGGCAAUGUGCAGAACGACCAGUCCACAUCUUCCAGUUUGUAAGCCAGUUCAUCCUCUCACCACCUUUGUUCCAAACUCCCUCUAAGGUAUCAUAGUGUCAUGCUAGGUCUAAUGGCUGAACUAGGUCAGCUUAUGCCAUUUUAUCUUUCAAAGUAAAGGUUCCUGGUGUCCUUUGAGUGUGGUGACCAUGCUUCGCCAGUAUUUUACAGUUUGACCAGAAUGUUUCAGAAAACUAUUUGGCUUACUCUUUCUCUUUUUCAACCAUGUUGACAGUGCAUUAAUGCAGGAUUUUUGUUUUCACUGGCUGUAUUUUACAUUGCCAACUGUGCUCAUUAGUACUAACAAACGAGAUAAUUUUGUAAAGCUUAAAUGUGGUUGUGCAAAGACAUCUUAAUUAAUCUUUAUUUCAUAUCAUCAUGUUAAUUGUCCUAAAAGCAACCUUGAAUGCUUCAGCUAUGAAUUUGUCAAAAUGACAGUGUGUUUGGGACAAUGGAUCAGAUGAAGUAGAUAAUCAAAUCAGACAAAUAACUUCAGUAUUUUUACAGCAGUGGAUUAAGAGGUAGCUAAAUGCAUAUACUUUUCUUUCAUUCUGAAUUCCUCAUUUUAAACUGCUUGUUUUGAAUGCAUGUCAGUUUCAGCUUUGCUAAAAAAUCAGAAACAACACAUAUUUCUGAUCAAAACUUGCAACAAGAAGCUUAUUUUGUUUAGAUUUGCUACUUGAUGAUGUAGACGUUUCAAUGGUUUGAGCAUUUAAUUCAUUUGAGGUGGUUCAUUAUACCUAAAAAAAAAUGUUUUCUUCUGUAAAUGACAAUCAGGAAACAUCUGACAAACAUUUUUUUUUUUUAAUAAAUACAGGAUGCAUAGUGAGAUGCAGAUUCUAAAAUGUUGAUAGCGAAACUAUUGAACUAGUAGGAUUUACUUCCCUUUGACUAUAGAUGGGCCAGUUAGUCUUAGAAAGUUACCUUCCCAUAGAAUACUCAGUUACCACCUGCUCUCAUUCAUAGUAGACUGAUGAGUAGACCUUGCGGGAAGUACAGAUACUUUUUCCAUGAUAGUGGGUAAUAGACAUUCAUAUCUUUUUUGACUUGUACCCUGUGACCUUUCAUAGUGCAUUUCUGUUGAAAUGAAUGAUUUAGAUAUUGAACAUUGAGUAUAAAUGUGACUACAAAAUAGAAAAUUCAAAUUCUUCAUCUGUAACUAUAAAAAAGAUUUAUUUUUACAUUUCAGUUUACUAAUGCAUUUGUUGAAAUUGACAUUUUUUGUAUCUUGACAUAAAUCCAAGACUAGUACCUUGAAUGAGCACCAAACAAUCUUUUGUAUAAAAGAAUGUUGAUUAGAAGGUACUUUACUGUUAAUAAAGGUCUGCUAUGCUGUUUCAACUUUACAAAGGUCACUGUGGCAAAGGUUUUAUCACAAAGUCUCAAAGACAGGCAAAAGAAGUGUAACCAGUUUUUGGUAUUCUUUUGAAAAAUGUUAUCUUCAUUCAGCGCCUUGCAGUGAACUGUUACAAAGGGUUUCACAUUUAACAUUAUUCGUCUUACAUUUUACAGCUUUUUCUCAAAAAAGAAUAUUGGAGAAGACACUGCAUGUGUUUCAGAUUUUUAUUUGCUAUAGGUUUGAUUAAAACUACAUUCUCAUCUACUCUGUAGUGGCAUUGUUAUAUAACUUGCUCUGUGGGAUGUUUGAGGGGAAUCAAGAUUUGCUGUGUACAAACUGUACAAAUACCUAAGGAAAUUUGAUGGCUGUUGAUGAAUUUGUGGUUGUGCUUCUAUCAGAGAACUUCUCAUCUGUGACAUGGUUGUAAAUCAAAAGUGAGCAAGAACUCCAUUUGAGACAACCUUUUUGGUUUUAAAGCAGCUAUUUUAUAUUUAUAUUCUGUUUAAUGGAAUUUGUGUUUAUAAUCCUCUGCUUGGUGUACAGUUCAUCAUUAAUUUUUGUCCUGCACAGGCUGUGUGAAACUCUCUCUUAAACAAAGCUUUGCACAAAUGAAAGGCCAAUGAGUAAGAUAGAGUUUUUGAAAGGGGGAAGAAAAUUGUGUAACAUUUUUUCAUCACUGCGUUUCAAGAGGAUAAGCAUCGUUUUUUAAAAAUUUAUCUCCUGGAAAAAAUUGCUAUUGUAAAAUGUAAAUGUUUGAAAGUGAACACAAAUUUUAAGCUUUACAGAUGUUUACAGUUUGACACAGUGAUACACCUAUUAGGACUUAUUUCUGCAAACACUUUGUUUUACAAACAUUUUGUGGGUUUUAAAUAAAGUAACAGGUUCAUG